CUUGUCGGCACGGCGUGAAUUCGUCCACCUUUACUCAGCGUUCAGGCGGAGAGCGGCUUCCCACCCCUGUGCAUGGGUUGGUGCUGCCGCUCGGGAAUGGUUUGCUCUCUCCGCGGCUCAGCCAGCACUGCAUCAGAUUGUUUGGGAAGUCAGCGGGGCUGCCGGGUACCAGGAUAAAGUUCUUGGAAAGGCGUCAUUGCGAGAGGACUGACGGUGCACACAGGAACCACAGUUACAGCCAGUCAUUGAUUCCCUUUCUGCUUGAGUGCCAUAAAACAUUUUCAGAAAUGGAAGGAGAAAAAGAGCAAAGUGCUAAAGCUACCAGUGCAGUGGGUGACCUGAGGAAAAGUUGGCAGACCUGGGCAGAGGAUCACAUUGAGUAUCAGAGGAAGAAUCCGUUCAGCAGCGAUGACAGGCUUGCGUCUGGACCUGCACACACUCACAGAGGAGAUCCCACCUACGGGAGACCCCCGGAAGGCUCUCGGACAGAGCAGAGAGGGAGAGAUGCUCACUCACACGUGGGUAGGGAAGUAGAAGAGCUGUGCUCGAUCAUCAGAAGAACUGGAAAGGUGGGAGAAGAUGGACACGUGACAGUGACAUUCGGGCAGCUGUUUGAAACAUACGUGACUAUUUCCAAUAAAGUAGUGGGAAUCUUGUUAAGAGCCAGAAAACACGGUCUGGUGCACUUUGAAGGUGAAAUGCUUUGGCAAGGAAAAGAUGAUGAUGUGGUCAUCACUUUACUACAAUAAGGCUUUGUCCUGGAAUGAACUUUGCUGCACGGUUCCAUUUGGAAAAACAUAACUAGAUACCAUCUUCACAGGUUUUGGUUACAGAAUUUCAACUCAGCUACCUACUGGGACACAAGCAGGAGAGGAAAUAGGCAAGAAGGAUAUUUUUGUAAAAAUGGCAGAGAUUUGGAUGGAAAUUGCAGAUUAUGAGCUACUCCAUCACGCUGACAUUAGAUUGUCCUUAUUAUCAUCUACUAGCAAGUAUAUGAGAGCUCUUUAAAUGACUGUGCUGGCCUACUGCUUUUAGGUUACUGAAAGUAUAGAUUACUAACUGGCUAUCCUACACCACUGAUUCCUGCAGGUUGUGAAAUACUUACUGUGUGGGAGGAUGGGAUUUGUAAAACAUGGAAUUGAAAACUCUUGUGGGAAUUCAUAUACUUCUUCAAACAAAGAGCCUGGUAUAUAUAGCAAAAUUUUAGGUUCAAUCUCACAUGGUUAAGCUGAAUAAAUGGAAGUUAUUUUCAUGGAGUAGAUAGAAAUUCCCAAGCUUACAAAAAUAUCACAGCAAGGAUACUUGAUGGUUCUUAAAUUAGUUGCAUCUUGCUUGGAUUUUGGACAGCUGCACUGGUUGUGGUAUUUAACAGUCUAAUCUUAUAGUCAUAUCUUCUCCAAAACUUCUGUGUCUCUUGUUCUUUUUGUUUUUUAUCUCACACAAUUUUUUUUCCUGUUCUUCUGUUGCUUCAGAAGAAGUCCACAAAGCUCUGCAGCCGUUUCGGUGAAUUCAGCUAUACCCCUUCAGAGAAGGUAGGGUGCCACAAUGUAAAGAUGCAAAAGUCAGCAGAAACUCUGUAUUUGGGCAUCUGUGCAUUCAUAAGGAAAAAAAAAACCCUCUUAUUUCACCAAAAUGUAGCAAUGUUUUUUACAAGAGGAGAGUAGAGAUACUGUAGUACCAAAUGCAUAAAUGAAAGUAUAGCAGCAGUCCCACAGCUCAUU